UUCUCGUGUGUCCCGUUCGUUUCGUUGUUGGCAAGAAGAGCAAGAGGAGAGAACUGUAAAACUUUUGUAAAAUUUAAUGGUGGACCUGUGUGUCUCGCGAUCUCUGCGCAAAAAUGAAAUAAUACCGUUCGAAACGACCGAAAGCGGCUACAGCAGUGCGUACGGGCCGUGAAAUGAUACGUGGAAUGUAAAGAAGCGCUCACUUUGAUUGAUGGUUGUAGAAACAAACGAGGAAACAGCAGUAGCAGCAGCAGCUUCAAAACGAUAAUUUGAAUGAUUAACUAGAAGUGACCAAAAAACGACAAUCCCCGCAAGAGGAAAGAAAAAGAAACAUGGAAUCCGUGUACGAUCAUCACCAGCAGGACGGCGGAGGUGGUAGUGUCGUUGCCGCUGGCGGCAUCACGAAUCUGUACAAUAAAAUUCUGGAAGUCCACUGGAAGUUCUUGGACGCGGAAGAAACUAUGGAGAAGAUUAACUUAAGGAGGCAGCUAGAAGACCUAAUCGUUCAGUACAUUUGCAACAUGCCUCACAGCCAAAAGUUUAUGCUGUUACAAACUGUGCAAGUUUUACAAAGUUCCAUUGCAAAAAUGGAAGAUUUUUCCGCGUAUAAAGCAUCCAUUGGAUUUGAAGCCAUCAGCCAGUACGCGAACAACUUGUUCACAAAGCCAUGGCGGAAGGAGUACAAAGUUAUCAAGAUGUACUCCGGAUUCUACCAGCACGAGAUUGCGGCAAAUUUGGUGGGCGCAGAGGCACUGUUCGAGCAGAUGGGGUACAAAACGCUACCGAACAAAACGUUGGUGCUGGACGGGCCAAUCUGUCCGGAUCGCGUAACGAACGUCUCGCGGGAUGCCAUCACGGCCACGGUCGAGUGCCAGAUUAUGAAGAAAAUUUGUGCUCAGUUGACGGAUAUGAAGCUGGCGGUAAACUGGAGUGAUAUUUACAGCUUUCGAGAACUUAAUACAAUGAAUGUAGAGCAAACUGUUCUAAACAUGGCGAUGCUGAUACAGGAGAAACACCACAAGAAUCAGCAGGCUCGACGAAAAGAGUCGUAUGGCAACCCGCUAGUGCCAGCCGUUAGUUCUUGUAACUCUUGCAGCAGCCAGUAUCAGUUUCAUCCGCACAUGCAGCAGCAGCAACAUCAGCAUCAGCAGCCGGUUCCUCCUCCGCAGCCCUCCAUGGCCAUGCAGCCGCCGCUCACGAUACCUUUCUGUGGUCCCCAGCCUUUGUACAAUACGACCCCCUGUAACAUCCACAGUCAACCUAGCUACGGUUAUCACCAUCACUUCCUACCGAAUUCUCCCUCCCAACCUGUUCCUCCUCCCUCCCACGUUGUCCAGUCCGCCGGCCUUCCACCCCCUUCGCUUGGAACGAUACCCCACUCAAAGUCACUGGACCACUACCAGGAUCCGACCGCGGCCAUGUACAAUCUGGCGGCUUGCAUGCAACGACACUCGAUUGACCAGCCCCCCUUUGACUAUGCCGCAGUAUCGUCCGCGAGUCACUAUGGCGGCCCGAUGGGAAUGGCCCCACCGUCGUCCGGUGUCUACGAUGCCGUCGACGGUUCCUGCGGCAUGACCCCGUACAGCAAUCACCCCUACAACGUGUCCGGGAAUCGGUUUCCGCUACCGUACAAACUGUCGGCGAACCUCAGUGGUCCGUGCAUGAACGGUGGUGGCAAGCAAAACGGAACCGAAUCCUUCUAUCAACCCAGUAUUAACGGUUACCAUCAGCAGCAGCACGUGAUGCCACCUUACUAUCACCAUCGAAGCAACAGCAACGGUCAACUGUACGGCCAACAGCAGCAGCAGCAGCAGCAACAAUCUCACAGGCACACGGCGGCGGAAAUCUACAUGAACCACAACUUUGACUCGACCGGACCACCGCUUCCGCCCUCGAUUUUGAGCAAGAAGAAAUCCUCGUACGACGACUACGAUGUCCCCGUUCCGACGAGGCACCACCACCCGGUAGAACCAAAAACGCACGCCGGCGAUCUGAUUUACAUCGAUACCAGAGAUGAAGCUGGCAAGAGGGAGCGGAAAAAGUCCGACCGAGGCGAGCGGAACACGGAUUUGAUGGCUGACUACGAGAUCGACAUGCUACCGGAAGCGUUGAUGGAACGGCAACAGCACCAACACCAACAGCAAAAUCAGCAGAACCAGCUUCGUCACCCUUACUUGCACCACCAAACGUCUCGAAACUCGCGCCAGUCGGACUUUGAUAGCUACGAGGACGAACAGCUGCAGGCCGGAGCGUACCAGCGGGCCACCAACGUAAGCAAACGCAUAUCGAGCAAGAACCAGGAAGGAAUCGGUUCGUACGAGUCGUGGAAUUACGUGUUUCAAAAUCUGGAAAAACAGGGAUACAACAAGGAUUUGGGAGAACGGGGCGACGUGUUGGUAGUCAACCCCGAGGACGAAGACUACCUCGAGGGUGGUAACCACAGCCGCGGUGGAACGCUAAAGCGGCCCAGCAACGAGAAGCUAAAAGCCAUGAAGCCCAAAGCGGCCGACAAGGUGGACGGAAUACGGACGCGCAACGCGCAGCAGCAGAGUCAACGGGAAAACGAACGCAACGAGAAUGCAGCCGCGCGAGCCGCUGGCCAAAAGAACGCCCUAGUACAAAAACUAUCGAAAACGAGCAAUAGCAAUAACCCGGACAAUAGCAGCCAGCCCAAGGCGAACCACAACCACAACCACACCAGCAAUCCCACCAGCAGCUCCAACAGCCGGAGGAAUUCCGUCACCCGUAAGAUUUCGACCACAUCCACCAAGGACCAGAACGGCGGCAACAGCAGCAGUGCGUCAGGCGGCGGAAUCCUCGUGAAUCACAAUCACCCCACUACAUCGGGCAAGAAGAAAACGGCCAGCUUUGACACGGCCGCAGCGACCAUCAUCAACCCACACGACAACGGCAGCAGCGCCGAAUGGAAUUGUGAAUUUUGUACAUUUUUGAACCCCGAAUCGAGGCGCAUCUGCGAGAUGUGCUCCAAGAGUCGAGACUUUAAUGGAGCAACGACGACGGCGGCGACGUCGACCAGCAACGGGACGGCGACCUGUGUAUAAUAUGCGAACCCAUGUACUAAUUGUGAUCAAACGUUUUGUGUUUGGGGGAAAAUAGUAGAACACAGAAGACAAUGCAAACCGUGGUUAUCAUUUGGGGAAGAAUUAAAAGAAUUGACCGUUUCUUGUAGGUCACCUAACUAGUCAGAGACAGAGAGAGAAAGCAAGAAAGAGAGGAAAUAAACAAGUUAUAUGGAACUUAUUAAAAAUAUAUUGAAAUUGUUAUACAUUACACUAUUUUUAGAUCACCUAAGACAAAAAAAACUAAUGUCUAACAUUUGUAGCAAUUUCUAAACUAAUUAAUGUAAGCUCAUGUUUCCCAGAUUAUGAAAGUUUUAAUAAAAAUAACUUUUCUUUGUUUGCUGUUGACAGAAGAAAACAGUUGGUCGAGGUAAA